CUGUACUGUGUCAGCAGUCUCUGGUCAUCUCCUGUACUGUGUCCGCAGUCUCUGGUCAUCCCCUGUACUGUGUCCGCAGUCUCUGGUCAUCCCCUGUACUGUGUCCGCAGUCUCUGGUCAUCCCCUGUACUGUGUCCGCAGUCUCUGGUCAUCUCCUGUACUGUGUCCGCAGUCUCUGGUCAUCUCCUGUACUGUGUCCGCAGUCUCUGGUCAUCUCCUGUAGUGUGUCCGCAGUCUCUGGUCAUCUCCUGUAGUGUGUCCGCAGUCUCUGGUCAUCUCCUGUAUGUGUCCGCAGUCUCUGGUCAUCUCCUGUAGUGUGUCCGCAGUCUCUGGUCAUCUCCUGUACUGUGUCCGCAGUCUCUGGUCAUCUCCUGUACUGUGUCCGCAGUCUCUGGUCAUCUCCUGUACUGUGUCCGCAGUCUCUGGUCAUCUCCUGUACUGUGUCCGCAGUCUCUGGUCAUCUCCUGUACUGUGUCCGCAGUCUCUGGUCAUCUCCU